CACGAAAAGCUCCGGCUGAAAUUCUAAGCUACGUCCCAGCAGUCGUCUAGCUGUCUCCCUCCCGGAGAACUUCUGUUCAAUCCGCCGAACCAUAAAUGGCUUCUUUAUCCACAUUUUUAGCAGCUGCAAGAAUAAAGGAUCCGCAGUACCGUCAAUACAAGAUUUUUUUUAUAAAAUCUUCAAAUUUGCUUGAUAAACAUCCACAUUUGCAUCCGCGAAGCUUUCAAAUUACUUUAUUUCAUCUUCCAAAUGCAACUAAAGAUGAGAGAUUCGUGUGUUUUACGAACAGAGCAAAUCUGGAGUUUCCGGUCGGAAGUACUGUUGAUGAUAAGAUUGGUGAGACUCAUAAAUGCUUACUGUCAGAUUUGCGGAGACGACUCAUGGAUGCCGUUCAUUCUUAUGGUGGAAUCUUGGAGAUAAAAACAGCAACAACAUCAACAAUGGUUACUGGAAUCGCCAUUUUCGUUCUCGGGCUGGCAGUUACGUUAGUCCUAACCUCUGGUUCAUUUGCAGUAGAAGAACCUGACUUUAGUUAUAGCGGACAUAAGGGUCCGGACAAGUGGGCAACUUUAGAUCCAUCAUUCGCUAUGUGCGAAAAUGGAGAGGCUCAAUCACCUGUAAACAUUGUAAAGAAAACUGCAGUUUAUAACCCCAAACUUGAGCCUUUAACCAGAGAUUACAAAGAUGUAAAUGCAACUCUGAUUGACAAUAUCGUCAAUAUACAGUUACUAUUCGGGAAUGGCGCUGGUGCGAUAAAUAUAGGUGGCAAGCAGUACAAGUUGAUACAGACACAUUGGCAUUCACCGUCUGAACAUACUAUUGAUGGAAUUCGUUACGAUGUUGAACAGCAUAUGGUUCACCAGUCCGCUGAUGGCUGUUUUUCUGUCAUUGCAAUCUUGUAUCGAUUCGGAAUCCCAGACCCUCUACUCAACCAGUUGGAGGGUCAUUUAAAGAAAUUGCGUUCGGAGGCAGAAAUUGGUCAUCCCGGUUCCAGGUUCCCUGUGGAGCUCAUACGAGCUGCUGAUUUAGAAAGUACAAACACAUAUUUCAGAUACAUUGGCUCUCUUACGACUCCACCGUGUACUGAGAAGGUCACCUGGACCAUCCUCGAAAAGGUGAGGGAGAUGUCUAAACAACAGGUAGCUUCUCUAAGAGCUGUGAUGAGCAAAGAAAACAAACAAAAUGCAAGACCCACACAGCCAUUGAAUGGGAGAACAGUGGAGUUAUAUGUUCAAACAUGAUACCACGUUUCUAUAAUGUCAAAAAAGGAAAGAAGAUAUCAGUACAUUUAUCUUGCAUAUCUGUUACACCAAUUCUGGAAAAAUAACUGCUAGUGACUGUUGCCCUAUCUUUUCACUCUAAUUUGUAGCUAAUAUUAUAAAAUAA